AUGGCAGCACUCCCCUACGCCGUGCCGCCCAACUACGCCAUCAGACUAGUCGAAGAACCUCUCUCCGCGGGGCACCCGGUCCAACCACACCCCUCGCACCCCUCGCACUUCCAAUUCCCACGCACGUCCCUCCACGCGGCGACACUACAAGCGCACUUCAAAGGCCCGCACGCGCCAGGGAGCGUGCGGGCGCCACGUUCCACAACGGCUUGGUCCCCGCCCACCGACAUCCGCGAGACGCUGGCGACUUACCACAUCGAGAUCGAGGUCCCGGGGGUCACGAACAAGGAGGACAUUCUCGUGCAGUGGCUCAGCCCGCACACGCUGCUCGUGCAGGGCGUGGCGAGCCGGCCCCGGAACAUCGGCCUGACUGACCAGGAAGAGGGGGAGAGAGUCUGGGAAGGAAAGGAGGGAGAGGGAUGGGCUACCGAGGCGGGGCACGCGAAGCGAGCGGAACCCGACGACGGUGGUCCCCUAAUGCGCACGCCCAGCCGCGAGACGGUCGAGGCCGAAUACCUCGCAGACGCGACGCCCACGAUCCUGCUCUCGGAGCGGAACGUCGGGCCCUGGCGCCGCACGUUCACCUUGCCCGAGGAUGUGGAGAUGCGGGAGUUGAAAGCUCGGCUGGAGGGUGGGCUGUUGCGGAUCGAUCUGCCGAAGCGGAGUAUUGAGGAUUUGGGGGCCAUGAAGGGUGGGGGCGUCAGGAUUGAUGUCGAAUAG